AUGAACACAUCCCAGAGCGCAACGGAAAAUGCACUCACCCAGCAUGCUAUCCCAUUUAUCUACACCGGACAACCCCUAGCAGAAAUCCCGAAAGAUAUCACGCACCUUGAAAUCCAUCCCUCUGUAGAGGAAAUCCCUUCAUCUGCAUUUGAAGGUUGUACAUCCCUGCUACAAGUUCAGUGCCAUGAAGGCUUGCUGAAGAUUGGUUUCGAAUCAUUCCAAAGAUGCACAUCUCUGAAAUCAAUCUCUAUCUCUCCCACGGUAACAAGCAUCAUGUUCAAAGCAUUUGCUUGGUGUGAAUCUUUAGUGGAUAUCAACCUUCCAGAAGGCCUUUUAUUCAUUGGUGAGCAAGCCUUCUUUAUAUGCAAAUCUUUGGUCUCUAUUUCUAUACCAUCCACUGUGACCACGAUUGACGACCGGGCCUUUGAUAGUUGCGUUGGUUUGGUGGAAAUCAAAUUUCAAGACAGCUACAGAUCGCAGGGAGAAGCUGCUAUCACUCCAAAUAGGGUAACCCUUGGCUUUGCAGUUUUCCUUUAUUGCACGUCGCUUUCGAAUGUGAAACUGCGAGAAGGUCUGUUUUUGAUUCCGCGGCAAGCUUUUAGUCAGUGUGAAUCCCUACGAUCUCUAGACGUACCAACGACAGUGGAAACGAUUGAGGAAUGUGCUUUUGAAGGCUGCCGCUCGCUGGUUCAAAUUGGUUUUCAUGAAGGUCUAGUGAUGAUCGACGAAUGUGCGUUCAUGGAGUGUCCAGUGCUGAGAACAGUCUCCUUCCCUACAACUUUGACGAGAAUAGGAGCUGCGGCCUUUUCCGGAUGUGAAUCGCUGGUGGACGUGGAGUUUGCAGAAGGUCUAGAAUUUAUUGGGGGCGAGGCUUUCUUUGAAUGCGAAUUACUCUGCGCUGUAGCCCUUCCGAGAUCUCUUAGCUGCAUUGAGGAGGACGCAUUCAUCAGCUGCGAAAGUCUUCUCGGCGUCGAAUUUCCAAAUGGUAUCAAUGCAGAGGUUGCUGCUAGUUGCUUUCUCGGAUGUGCCAGUCUAGUGAAUGUGUCCAUUCCAUCUUCCAUGGAACGGGGCAUGGACGAUGACGUCUUUAGUGGAUGUCACUUGCUAAAACAAGACAGAGGUGACGAUGGUUUUCCAGAUGGAAUCAUGAAUAGGUUUUCAAAUCGUCCAGUGCACGAGACAUGCUACAAUGCAUCUACUGCAACCGUCGACGACUUGGCCCGAGAAUUAGAUUCUAGCAGUCUUCAAGAUGUCAAUGACACAUAUGGCAUGACACCUUUCCACAUUGCUGUAACCUCAGCGAAGCUGCGAUCGGAUUUCAUGAAGCUACUCCUCAACCGAUAUCCUUGGGCAAUUGCUUCAUGCAAAGAUAGACACGGCAGAACUAUGAUGGACUACCUAUUGAUGCAUAAAUCGACAAAAACCAUCCCAUUGAUCAAAGUGGUGUUGAACCAUUUACUUGCAGUAUGUACUGCUGGCUGGGUUUCAGAAAGCCAGAGACGCGGUUUGUCCAUGAUUGUAGACUCCAUAUGUGGUGAAGGAGCCAGUAAGACUAGACGAGACAGCGUCGAUGAAGUCAGCAAGUCUUUUACGUCCCAUUUGAAGGCGGAAAUCACAUCGAUUGUUGAGAUGGCUUUGUGGAAAGUGAAGAUGAUGCAAAUGGAGGAAGAGGAUCUUUCUGGAACAGCAGAUCGAAACUUUUGUCGAUACAAAUGCGGGGCAGAUAUUGUUAUUCCGAAUGUUACAAGAUAUAUUUGGGAUGACAGAUCUUCGUCGUCGUUUGCCGGCCUUUUGCUGAUAAAUUCGAGUGUUCAAGACUAA